CUUUGUCUCCUUCGACAUAAAAACCGAUUCCCUUUGACCCAGUGGGCUGAAUAUCAACGUUCAUAUCCUCAUGGAAGACGUAAAGCAAUCCCAAGGCGCCGUUACAUAUCCCGACCCACCUCAGAACUUUGGGAGCGCCCCAUUGAGCAUCCUCGUCGCUCUGUUCGAGAGGCUCCAGAUCGAGCGGAAACAGGAUAGGCGAAAGAGGCUUUUGGCUGGCUGGUUUAACAAAGACCGAGAGCGCGCGACAUAUGGCUUGAAGGAGAAGACUCUGGCACGGACGUAUAUCAAGCUCAUACCAUUGAACAAGAAUGACAACGACGCUCAUCGACUACUGAACUGGAAAAGGCCGACCGAGAGAAAUAAAUCUUCCGGAGACUUCUCGUCAGUGCUAUUCGAAGUUGUCAGCAAGCGGUCCUCGGUCAUCGAAGGGUCACUGUCUAUAGACGAUUUGAAUAACCUUUUGGACGAACUUUCUCAAAAGAAGGAUUUUGAAGAUUGUGCUCGCACCAUGCAGCGAGUCUACAACAGGGCAACGCCGGAGGAGCAGCGCUGGAUCGUGCGGAUCAUUCUCAAAGACAUGGUCAUCUCGGUGAAGGAAACGACUGUCUUCUCUGUGUUUCAUCCCGACGCACAAGAUCUGUAUAACACGUGCUCUGACCUCAAGAAAGUGGCCUGGGAAUUAUGCGAUCCUGCUCGUCGACUGGGAGCUGAGGACAAAGCAAUCCAACUAGCGCAUGCAUUUGCACCGAUGCUGUGCAAGCGACCGACCAAAGCCAUCGAUGGAACAGUCAAAGAGAUGCAUGGCUCCGAGUUCUUCAUUGAGGAGAAGUUGGACGGCGAACGAAUGCAACUCCACAUCAACGAGAAACGCGAGUUCUUUUACUGGUCGAGGAAAGGAAAGGACUACACCUACCUGUACGGUAAUCAUGACAAGGAGGGCAGUCUGACCCCUUACAUUGCUCGAGCAUUCGAUUCUCGGAUCAAAAACAUCAUUCUCGAUGGAGAAAUGCUUGUCUGGGAUCCUGACUCGUCAGCCUAUCUUCCCUUUGGCAAUCUCAAGACGGCCGCUCUCGGUGAGUGUGUGUUGUCGAUGUCGGUGGACCCGCUCAUGAUUCCGGCUGAAGACACGAUUGUGAAAAACAGCAGAGAUGACAAGAAGAAGCCUCAUCCAUGUUUCAAAGUCUUUGAUCUAUUGUAUCUGAAUGACCAGUCCCUCAUCAGCAAGUCACUCCUCAUGCGCAAGAAGAAUCUCCGGGCAUGUGUUACACCCAACAACCACAUCAGUUUUGCCGAGGAGUGUCGCGGAAAGACUGUCCAAGACGUCAAAAACCAAAUGAACAAAGUACUCGAAAAUCGAGGAGAGGGUCUUGUGAUCAAGCAUCCUGCUUCUCAGUACGUGUUGAACGGCAGAAAUAUGGAUUGGAUCAAAGUCAAACCUGAGUACCUCGACAAUUUGGGUGAAACCGUAGACGUGUUGGUGGUCGCUGGUAACUACGGCUCAGGAUCCCGAGGCGGCAAAGUUUCCACGCUGGUUUGCGCUCUUGCUGAUGAUCGAGUGACAAACGGAGAGAGAAAGUUCACAACGUUUGUGCGCAUCGGCACAGGCCUUACGUACUCGGAUUAUUUGUGGAUCCGGGAAAAGCCUUGGAAACCUUGGGACUCCAAAAAUCCGCCCGCAUUCCUACAGACUACCAAGAGAUCUCGUGAGGAUAAGGGCGACGUGUAUCUCCUCCCGGAAGAGUCUUUCAUCCUCAAAGUCAAAGCGGCCGAACUGGUGGAAUCGGAUCAGUAUCAUUCGGGAUUCACCAUGAGGUUCCCCAGAGCAUUGUCAAUCCGACACGAUCUCGAGGAAGACGAUUGCAUGCCUUUUACGGCCGUGCGUGACAUGCUGGAAUCCAAAAAUUCCAAGUCUGGGCAUAAGAGAUUGAAUGAUGAGCACGAGGAGUCUCUCCCAGCCAAGAAAAAGCGGAAGAUUACCGCCAAGAAGCCUGAAGUCAUCGCCGGUUCAACUGGGCAGAAGCUGGAUAAAGUUGCUGUGGUGUCGGAUCUGUUCGAGGGGACGACUUUUGUCGUCCUUCCUGAUCCGAGCUCGAAAAACCAGGACCAGGAGAAGAAAGAACUGUGUGCAUUAAUCAAAGCACACGGAGGGGUUUUGGCCAAUCUCGCGCGACAGCAGUCUCCGAUCUUCAUUGUGUACGGUGGGUCGAAAAGAUAUCUGGAAAUCGUCAACUACAUUAAGAAGGGAGUAUACGAUAUUAUCAAGCCAGAUUGGGUGAAAGACUCCGUUGCACUCGGUGGUUGGGCCCCUCUGCGCAAGAGUUAUUUCUUCCAUGCCACCUCGCUUCGUGCUGAAAGCGAUGAAUACAACGAGAACAGUGCCAGCGACAAUGAAUCGCCAGCAGCAGAAAGAUUGGAACCUGUCAAGAGCGAAGCGGACGACAUUUCGCCUGUCGGUGUCAAGGAGGAGCGAAUCGUGGAUCCCGCUUUGCUUGAUUGGUUCCAAGUUGGGACAACUGACGCUGACGACAAGCAUUCAAAGCCUUCCACCGACGACGAUUCGGCGACGGACUACGAUUCUGACAACGCGGAUGUUGCCGACAACGACCCGGAUGACGAAUGGGAUAUCAAGUCUGAGCCAGACGAGCAAAUACCAGAUGAGAAAUCUGGUGAAGACGCGUCUUCGACAGUCAAGAUAGGCGAGGAUGACACAGCCAUGCAGUACGACCAGGAGCACAUCUUCAAGCACUUGUCAUUCUACCUGGAUUCCCCGGAAAACGCGAAGCGCAACGGGUUUUCUCUGAAAAGCAAGAAUGAAAAGGCUAUUCAACAGAGUUUUGACGAAUUGGCGCAGCUGAUUGAGGGCAGUGGAGGAAAGAUCGUCGACCUGGACGAAGCGCGCCUCACUCAUAUCGUCAUCGACAAACGCGAUGACAGCCGCCGAGUGGAAUUCAUCAGGCGAACGGCACAACCCAAACGAAGACGUCUUGUGAUUUCAGAAUAUAUACAGGCAUGUCUCGACGAAGAAACGCUGCUGGAUGAAGAAGAAUUCAAUCCCUUUUUUACUAUCAUCUACUGCUCUGUCUACGCCGCUCCAAAUCUUGGUAUUCUCGCGUCGUUUCACACGUUCUCCACCCCCUCCAACUCUUGUCUGAAACCCACCUCGAAAAAACGGGUUUCGCCCACUAGCGUGUGUCGCGCUCGUCAUACGAUGGACAACACGCAGGACUCCCCCAUUUCUCAACUCUUAAAUACCCUGGGUAUCACCCGAGAGGAUCUCAACCGGCGCAGUGACCAAAUGCGGCAAUUCCUCACCUCGGAACACGCGACGGGCUCACGCGUCUCAGCCCAUGCCUCAACAUCCUCGACCUCCUCUGAUACUCAACCUCUUUCCCGCACAAGCAGCUCAGCUGUCAUCUCCACGCGUCAUAUCUCGUGUGAGAGCCCCACGUCUCCCCGCGACGCGUCUCCGACCACGUCUGUCACGACGCCGGUCAAAUCCGAGCCCGAGGACGACGACGUACUCCCCACACGCCCGUUGGACAACAUGGAGAUGGUCCUCGAGCGCCAGAGGCUUAGAAGAAGGCAGAAACGCGUGCAAAGACAGGAAAGCGUUGGCCCGUCGACCUCCGACUCGGAACCAAUAGCGGGCCCUUCCCAUCAUGCAUCGGAUAACCCUGAUGAACAGUACGAGCAAACAGGCUUGGAUCUCCCUCCUAUCACACCGUCACGCAGCAAGCACUACCGCGAACACACAUCUUACGCGUCUGGGCCUAUCAAGGAGGAAUCACCCUCCCCGACGCGCCCUGCCACUCAACAAUCUGGCAAACCAGCGAAUGCGUUUCCACACCUUUAUGCAGCCCUCAUGCAAGGCCAGUUCCAGUUUCGAAGUGCCCCACCCGGGCUUAGCUCCAAGUUCGAGACGCCUCAGAAACCGAGGCCGUCGAAAGCCACUGCAGCAGCCAGCUCCCCCCUUCCGCCUUCUUCGCCGCCCGCAGCUUCGUCUCCGGUCUCGUCGCCAGUGAUGCAGCGGGUUUUGAAUUAUGUAUCUUCUCCCGGACUGGGUGAUGACUUGGCCGAAGAAGAUCGCAAGGAGCCACCAUAUAAGUUGCCGCCGGGCCCGUAUUCCCACCAGCGACCUCACCAUUCAUACGCUGGCCUGAUCGGGCAGGCGAUUCUGUCCUCGAGAGAGCAUCGUCUGACUCUGCAAGAGAUAUACGAAUGGAUCGCGACGGUCCAUCCCCAUUUCAAACGCGGCGAACGGACGUGGAUGAACAGUAUCCGGCAUGUACUAAGCACAACCAUACAUUUCCGCAAGAUAACACGCGAGCGGUCGGCUGGCCGGUCGCACUGGGCUAUAUUCGAUGAAGAUUUAGAUUGCUUCGUCGAUGGAGGAUACAGAAAACCGGGGACUCAGCCCAAACGACUGGGACUGAUGCGUCCCAAACCAAGGAAGCGAAGUGCGGAGGAAAUGGAAGAUGACCAGGGCGCCAAUGCGACUGUCGGUGGGCCGAUGGUGCCGAGGACAGCGAAGAGGCUGAAGCCGGAUGCUCUGUUGGUGACGGAUCCCCAGCCGGGUCCAUCGAGACCUCCUGGGCUGCUCCCUGCUCUGGUCCAUCACAGCGUACAUUCGAUGCGAACGCCGGUUCAAGCCACACCUCAGCAACAGAGUUACUACGAUAGCUGCGUCGUCAACAACACGUUGCCGACAUUUGGCGCAGUCCUUCCAGCACUCGCCACACCGUAUCGCUUGGUAACAACGAGUACAGUGGCUUCAUCGCCGAUCCAGCCACCGCCUCCAACAUCAUCACCUGUGGCGGACAGAUCAUCGUCGCCGAUCUCGCCGUCCUCGCCACCGGAUCUCACGCCACAAGUUGGCUCAUCGAGUCCCAGUGAGGGAGAGCCUCUGCCAGAGUCGGUCGCUGCAGAGGAUGCUGCGUGUGUCGUCACCGAACAAGAUGAAGAGGCAGUCGUCGGAUCGCUUCUGGGUCCUGUCGAGUUUCUGGAUAAACCGCGGGAAAUUAUACAUGCACUACCCACAAGCCAGUUGCUGCAACCCGGGAUCAACCUGGACGGUUCGGAGGAUGAAGACGAAGUGCCGUUGAUGGCGCUUGCCAACAAGAACUCCUCGUCGUUCCCUCCGUUGGUGCGCCGCAAGACCGCAGCCGCAGCUAGACAGCGGACCAAAGGAAAGAACAAGAAGGGCAAGGCCCGGGUAGUGAUCCCUUCGACCCCACCUCGAGCUCGGCGAGCGUUUUCACCUGACCGCAGCCCGCUUUCGAACAAGGGUGCUGCCUCUUCUCCGUUCCGAACUCCUGGCGGGCACGGUCUGUUCGGCUUAUCGCCAUUCCGAACCCCCGGAGGCAGUCGAGGGAACGGCAUACUGGAUCCUCACGAUCCGUCUGCUCUGCUUGACGCGGAGUUGCGCAAUUUCAAGAGUCUGGGGCAGGACAGUCCGGCUGGACUGUUUGGCAAAGAUAACUUGUACACCAGUCCGAAUCCCAUCGACGGUAGUCCUGGCAAGUAUGCCAGAUGGUGGUAG